GCUGCUGCUGCGGCGGAGAAGGUGGCUCAGGACCUGGGACUACAUGGACACAUCUGUGCACGAGGUGAAGCCGAAGAAGGGCGAGGUCUGGACUCAGUUGCAGUCAAGGAUGGUCCUCAUGCUACUCUUCGACCUCCGCAAGGAAGGUCGCUAUGAGAACGAGGCAGUGUUGCAGGUCGCCCGCACUUUCAAGAUCGGCCACGACAAGGUCAGGCGCAUCAUCAACCACUGGUGGGAUCAUCGCCAGUUGUACGAGACCACCGCCGACAGGAGAGGAAGACGGCAAAGGAGGAUCAUGGGCGACGCCGCCUCACCGAAGUCCAAGCAGAUCAACUUCGCGAGUUCAUCAACGACGAGCACAAGCCCGGUCGUCAAGUCUUUCGCCGCACGGUGGCAGAAUGGAUGCACAGGACUUGCAACAUGGAGCAGCCAUCCAACCGUUCGGAUCAAAACGCCGCCGUUGAACGCCGAAAGACUUGUUGAGAUGGACAUGGCAAAGAGGGCAGAGAAUGCUGGGUUAGCAGUGAUCGUGUACACGGACGAGAGUUUUGUCCACCAGGCUCAUGGUUCCCCGUAUUCUUACUUUCCUUCGGACGAGAAUGGAGUUGUGCAGGAUGGGAUUGGUCGCAAAACACGGAAGGGCUUGCGCAUGAGCAUGGUGCAUGCAAUCACCAAGUGGGGGGCGUUGGCUAAGUUUUGUGAUGGGUUUCCGAUCGAAGAGGGUUGGUUCAAGGAAACUGGUAGCGGCAAGAACACAAUGGGAGAUGAGGAGACAGCAGAGUUUCUGUGGCAGGCUAAGUUGGCAAAGGGAGAUUUCCACGCAGCAAUGACAGACUCGAUGUUCAUGGAAAGGCUUGAACACCGCCUUAGUCCAGCGUGCAACGCGAUCCCUGAUCAAAGUGCCGGAACCAACACCAAGGAGCACAACGUCCAUCUGUUGCGUAUGUUUGGGGCCAAGUCGAUCAGGGUUAAGCGUAAGGAGGUCGAACAGGGCGUUGUUGAGCACAACUUCGAGGUACCGACAGAGCCUGGUCCUUCAUUCCCUGCAGGGAACAGGGAGGGUGGUGUAAGCAGAGCGGAGGUAGCAACGGUACCUCGGGAGUACAUCCGCCUCAAUCACCCUGAGAGGCUCGUGGUUCGGGUGGUGACGUUCAUGAAGAAUAAACAUGGUAAGCAGUACGUCAGCCUUAACUUUGAGUUGAAGCGAAAGAGGCGGGAGGUGUGGGUGCAGAUUCGUAAAGGUUGGCACGGGGACAAGGAAUGGCCAGGCCAGGAGGGUGGCUGGAAGGCAGUCAAUUGUUCGAAGCUCAUUGACCACGCCAUUGGAGAGACGAAUAAGUGGGUCAAGGACCGUGAUGGAUUGCUUUCUGGUACGAUAGGCAACCUCAAUAAGCCGGACGGGUACGAUACAGAUGAUGUGUCGCCCGUGGGUCAUGUCGAGAAAAGGGUAGGGGAGCAGAUCAAGCAGGAAAGUGCAGAAUGGUGUGAUGGCAGCGACGAGGUUGAACCAUGA